AACCAAAAUAAAACACCUAGACCAAAAGCUUUACUAUAUUGACAUUUUUAUCAUUUAUGGUCUAUUGAAAUCAUUACAAUUACAUUAUCUAGAUUACAUUUAAAACAUCUAUGAUGGAUAAAUGAAAUUACAUAUAUAGGUCUACUCGUGAUGACGUAAGGUACUUUAGAAAAUGAUAAGGUAAAUCGUAAAGAUGUGGAUGUGUGUUACUUGGUAUACAAAACAAAGGGCUUCGUCUUAUUGGGACAAAUUAUAUAGAUCAAUACUAAAACAAUUGGCUUAAUUGUUGCUGAUGAUGUAUAUUACAUAAUAUACAUAAACAUUUAUUGGAUUGAGCCCUGCUCACAUAGCUCAAGAUGUUGUUCGUUUUUCAGAUGGAUAUAGGUCAAAUGUUGACCUUUGAUAUCUCAUUAUUGAUGGAUUCUGUUUCAAGACUUCAGGUUGAGAUCUGUAAAACAACUGGUAUAUCUGUAGAAAAGCAAAUUUUACUGGUCAGUGGAGGACAUAGUCUCAAGCCUGAUCAGAAAGUCAUGACCUAUGGUGCAGGAGCUGAUACCAAUCCUGUAUUUUUAUUUAGCAAAUUAGCUAUUGAAAACCAAGAAGCUCCAUUAGUAAGGUCAUUGAGUCUCACUAAAGAUUCAUUCAGUCCUACAAAAGAACAGAUGACAGAUGCAAUAAAUUUACCUGCCAGCUAUGAUACUGUAACAAAAAGAACUAAACUAGCCUGUCAAAUUCGAGAUAGUGCUAACAAGAUUUUGGGCUUUUGUAACAAUGAGUUUAAGGAACAACAUUUACAGUACCAAGGCUGGGGUACAGUUGUGGCUAACUUGGAAGAAAUAGCACAAGCUCUUCAGAAAACAGAGGUCAAAUUUAACAAAGCAGUUGCAUCUUUUCUACCUCAAAGAGAAAAUCAUUUUGCUAUGCUCAGGAAUUUCAAUGAAGUUCUUGAGUUAUUGAAUCGAAUACCUUUGCUGAAAGCAUUAAAUAUAUCAGAAGUAGAUGAAGAAGAUGCAAGCUUAAAACGUUUUGGGCUGAGAAGUUCAAUGACUUACUCCCAAACUCCUAAAACUUUGCUGGACUGGAUAUCUAAUCAGGGUCAAGGUCAGAGUCUAGAUGCCCUACAAAAACAGAGCUUAGAAGAGCUGCUGCAUUUUGACAGUGAAUUGUUUGAAAGUUUUGAUCGACAAGUCCAGGAUCUGCUCACCCUUGUAAUAUCAGAUCCUCAUCAAAUGAAAGAGUUAGUUGGAAUAGAGCGCAGGUUGUCUGAACUUGAGAAGCGUCUCAAUGAAGCUAAAAAAAUUGCUAAAGAGCAAAGUGAUAUGGCCCAGGGUUUUCUAAAUCACCAAGCAAGAUUGAACUCAACCCAGGAUGCGGCAAGCAUUUUACCUGACCUAUGUAAAAGUCAUAAACAACAGCUGGUUCAGAUGAUGGAAAGACAACAGCGAUUAGAAGCUUUACAGAAUAAUUUUAGGAAGUCAAAACAGGAAAUGUCUAAAAAUAUUCAUCAGAGAUUAGGGUGGGUGAUGCACAUUGAGACGCUCAUCUCUAAACUGGAUAGUGAGUUGAUCUAUCAUAUGAAAACACUCAGGAUAUUGGGCUGUAAUCUUGAGCUACUGAAUCAGGUCAAAGCCGCUCCUCAGGUGUAUGCUAGCAUGGUGGUUGAAGCCGCUCGCAGGAGAAAAUUCUCACAUGUAUUUUCCCAGUGGGCUGAAAAUUUAGCAGAGGAGUCCAGUCAUUUAUACAAGGAGGAAACAGAGAGAAGGAAAUUGUUUGCACAAAAUUUAGGUGAACAUUUUCUACUGGAUACACUUUUUAAAGGUUUUGAUGACAACCCUCCAAGUUUUGCUACAAAACCCCCUGAACCAUUUGACAUUUCACUUCCUGACAUCACACUUGAUGACAUUGUUUUACUAAAGAAUGCUGUGCCAGAGUUGGAGGUAUCUCUAAGCCAACCUUUGGAUUCUGACGUAUUUCAUUUGCCUUUACAUCAUACAAAUAUUCGUUCAACAACUGUGGUUCCACAUUCUCAGUCGUCCCAAACUGAUGAUUUUAGGAAUGGCAUCAGUACAACAGUUCCAUGUGUGAUCACAGCCUCAGAAACUCCAGCAUAUUCUUUUACCGUUCCAGAGUACGGGUCUCCGCAGUCAGCCGAGUUUGUCACAAUAACAUCAGCACCGCCCAUAUCUCGAGAAACUUUGGUCUCUCAUUACUCAGAUCAAAGUGAAAAAGAAACAGCCAGUAGCCAAAAACAGAAGGAGCCACAAUCAGUGGUCUCUUCAUUGAAUGUUACAGACUCUAGCUCAGCAGAGUUGCCCCCCAAAGUGCAAUCUAAAGUUAAUUCUGACACUACAUCCCCAAUAUCAUCAAAUGAAUUUGCCACAGCUGACUUUUAUUUUGAAGAUUCCAUGCCAUCCCCUAUGGCUGAUUCACCUUUGGGCAAAAAAGAAAAGAAAAAAGAGGAAACCAGUAAAACUGACCUUGAACUGAUAACUUCCCUCCAUGCUGAGUUGGCAGAGAGUAGAAUUCAGAUUCAACAACUAGAGCGUCAGUUAAAAGAGAAAGACUCGCAGGUACUGAACUGUGCUAAGUCUUGCUGCCACUUAGAAACAGGCUCUGAAGGAUCAUCAACUUUGUUGGUCACCGCAGAUCACUUAACAUCUUCUGACAUAUCAGUCAUUGACAGUGGCAGAAUGGGGGAUAGUAUUAUCCCUGAGCUGCCAGAUACUACCAAACUGGAUGCAGCCUACUGUGAGGUCACAAAGCUUAAAACAUUUUUAUCAGAAACUGAAGAGAAGCUAAAUCUAGUACAGAAAGAAAAGGAUGAAGCAGUCCAGUUCAAAGAUAAUGUAAUAUUUAGUCUGGAAAACAAUUUGACAAGUUUGGGGCAGGAUUUGUCUGACACUAAAUCUAGACUCUUGAGUUUAGAGGAUGAAAAGGAAAAAUUAGAGAAACAGCUUUAUGAUUAUCAAGUAAGGUGUGAAAAUCAGGAGACAGCACUGCUUAAAGGUGAAGAAACUUUAUUAUCCAUAAGAAACAAACUAAAAGCCUUUCAUUGUAAAAUGAAAACUGAUAUCCCAUUGCUAAGCAGAAAUUUACAAGAGCUGAAGACAGCUGUAUCAAAUAAUAAAUCAGAGUUGCAAGUGUCCGUGGACUCUGCCCUUGCCACUGUGGAAAAGGAAGUGUCUGUGUUCAAUGCUACAAUAUUGGCAACUGCCUGUAGCAAUUUUAAGUCUGAAAAAGAUGCCCUUAAUAUGGAGAUCAACAACUUGAAAGCCAAUUUACAUCAAUAUACUGCAGAGUCUUCAGAAACACUUACUCACUUGAAGAGUGCCAAUGAUCAUUUAGCAUCAGAGCUUCAACACCAGCAACUAGAAUAUAAUGACAGAUUAGAGAAACAAAAGUUACAGUAUGAGGCAGCAAUGAAGGACAUGGAGACAAAGCAUGCUUUGGAAGUGGAACUAGAGCUGGACAGGUACAGACUAGAGUUGAAAGAAAGUGAGGAGAUGUCAGAAAGGAAUAUUGAACAUCUCAAGGAGAAAUAUCAGGAGGUCCUAAAUACUUUGGAAGGUUUAAAGAUACAAUCAGAAGAAGAGAAAGUAGAACUAUUGAGAUGUCACAAACAGUCUAUACAAGAAUGUGAAGCCAAACAUGCUGAGGAGAAGGCACAAAUGGCACAGACAUUUGAAGCUGAACAUUUGAGAAAUGAAACAAAACAGAAGAAGCAGGAGUCGGAAUUUCAGGAGAAAUUAGAAAGUAUACAGACUAGUUUAGCCACAGACAAAAAGAAUGCUCUAGACAUUCAAAAAGAAGAGCUGGUUUCUGAGUAUGAGAAACAGUUGUCUCAAUUGAGGGAACAGCAUGAAGAACAAAAAGUGAAUUAUGCAAAACUUCUGGAAGAUAAACAACUUGACAAUGCAGAAAAGCUGACUCUGCUAAAGACUCAGUUUGAUAUAGAGCGUGAUGUUCUUCAAGAAGAGGUAAACAAGUUCAAGAAUCGUGAAAUCUCUGAUGCCUCCACACAGUUUGAUGCUGAGUUAGUGUCUGAAGUAAUGACCAACUCUGAAACACAAACUGGACUAGAGCUAUUGGCUGAAGUCAUCUCCCUUACAAGCAGUGCAAGCUAUGGUAGUGAGGAGAUGAUUGCUCAUAAAGUUCAGUCUACUAAUCUAGAUGAGAAAGAGAAAGACAGUGGUGACAUCAGUAAACUUCAACAAAUUAAUGAGGAAUUGAACAAACAGCUCUUUAAAGCACAAGAAAAAGUUGAUCAAUUAGAGAAAGAAGUUUUUGCUUUGGAAUUAAAGAAACAAGAAAUAUUUGAGAGAAAGUCCAAUGAAGCCGAUAAAAGAAAUGAAAUGAAAGAAUCAUUUAGUCAAGCAAUGCAGACAGAGUUGUCUAAAGGCCAAGACUUGAUGCAGAUAUCCAGUGUUACAACCAGCAUUAUGGUUAUGGACAGAGAGCUUUCCUUUGAAGCAGCCAAUAAAGGAGAUCCUGAGUCUGCAUCAAGUGAGGUUAAAGCAAAGGACGAAAAAAUUGCACUGUUAGAAAAAAAACUGAAGGAUUUGAGUUUGUCUAAAAACAGAGAGUCUUUCAAUGAUAAAGUUUCCAUCAGAGGCUGUGAUAAAGGUGAUAUAGUGCUUCUGUGUUUAGAUGAAAGGCAUGACCAGUAUGUUGUUUUCACUGUGGGAACAAAUCUUCACUUUCUACACAGUGAAUCAUUAGAGUGUCUGGGACUACAAACAGGUACUGAUGUUUGUCGCAAGUCUUGGAUUCUUGCUGAAGUUGUAGAUAAAGAAUAUUGUUUAGCUAAGAAGCCUAACAACAGGUUUCGUGUCCCACAAGGAACAUGCUUUUAUAGAGUGAAAUGUAAACCAUGGAAGAGUGACAUUGAAAUAAGAUCUGAAAAAGAUGUUCCCAGACACACUGUGAAGUCUUCUAAACAAGAGAACACAUCUCAUUCAAGAGAAAAGAAAUAAAUAUACAGUAAUUUUGCACAAACAAUGUGAACACAAAAUAGCUCUACAAAUGUAAAACACAAAUUAAGUUUCUGUCCGAGGAUUUUUUUUUUAUAAAAUUAAAAUUGAAUUUGACAAGAAACAUAAUGUUAGAUUGCAAACUAGAAUAGAAUAUUAUGUAUCAGGCCCACAUAGGUUUUCCUUUUGUUGAAAAAACUCUUUAAUUUUUUAAAUGGCUUUACUGCAAAUGUUUGUCUUGAAAAUAUAUCUAUAUAUAAAUAGAAAUACAAUGUUAAUUGUCAUAAUUAUUAAACUUCAUAAUUGUUUAUAAAGAGUUUUUACAAAAACUAUUAAGGAGGUAUGACAUGACCUAGUUAGUGCAAACAUACCAUAUACAAAUACUUUUAAUCAUUCUAGGUGUACUCUUCUAUUCUAGAUGUUUUAAAACUUGGUUUACAUCCAUAAAUGCUUGUAAUCAAAUGUUGCUGCAUUGCAAAACUCUAAUCUAAGAUGUAUUAUAAAAAGCCAAUACCAAUGUAGCAUUUUUAAUUAAAAACACUUAUUUUCUUCUAUCUUAAGUUUGUGGUCAUAAUUUAUAAGAAAACAUGCUUUACUUGAUGUACCACAAAUGUGCAAGUACAUUUUUUAAAUUUUUGGUAUUUAUGAAUUAAACAUAUUUUAAGAUUCUGUUUCAAUUAAAAGUUACAAACAAUACCUGGAUACAAAGUGACUGAUUAGUAAAGAAAAUGUAUAAAAAUUCAGUAAUAUGCUACGUAGUUAUAUCAUGCUCUCAAUUGUUAACUCAUUUGUUAACUUGAUUUGUGCAUAGUUUUAGUUCUUUAUUUUGUAUAUGGUAUUUUAAAAUAGUUAUUUGUCAAUACAUUUAUAUACAUGUAUUUUGUUUUGCAUUAUUUUUCUAACUAUGAAUAAACCACAUGUAGCUUGCCAUACUAUACUGAUGAAAAAGCUAGUCAUGAAUAGGACCAUUCUAUAACAAAAUUAUUAUUAUGCAAAUGCACGGUGCAUUUUUAAUGUUGGAUGAAAUUGCAAAUAAAAUAUAGAAUUUCAUAGUAGUCAUAUUAGUUGAAUUUGUUCUUAAAUAGAUUUUUAAUCUGGAAUACUUUAAGUAAGAAACUAUUACAAACUUGAAUAGAUUAGCUAGGUUUAGCAUGUAAUUCUAGAAUCUAAAUGAUUUUUUGAAAAUGUAAUUUAGUCUCACUAAGAAGUUAACAGAAUUAGUGUGCAUAUGAAUUUUAUUAUUUGAAAUGUUGUCUUGUGCAAAGCAGUGUAUAUUUUCUUAUUGCUUUCAAAUUCAGUGUACAUAAAUAUGACAUUAAAUUAGUUUCUACCA